AUGCACCAGCUGCUACCACAAUUGGGCACCAAAGAACACAAGUGGCACACGGACAUGAUUCUGUCGAAAAACCCUCGUGACUUCACCUUCGACACCACCCUCAAGCGCCUUUCAGAGACCUUUGGAGAGAAGUCCUCCUUGUUCAAUAUUCGAUGCCAGUGCCUCAAGCUGGGCAAGAACGAGGCAGACGAACUUCUGACACUCGCAAGUAUCGUCAACCGCGAAUUUCUUGCCACGUUCCAGACGGAAAUUGAGGCAUGGAUAAAGCAUCUUAUGGUUAUCAUCAAUGGGAAUCCCGUACGCCUCCAGCUUGAUACGACAUCAGACCUCAGCGUCAUCUCCAAGCGCACUCGGCAAAUGAUCGGGCAGCCUCCGAUGAUCACAUCGGACAAAGGGUUCAUGAAUAUUUCCGGAGGAUUUCUCCGGCUCACAGUGCUCGACCAAGAACUGUAUCGUCUUCAGCGAGAUGGUGUUCUUCAGCCAGUCAAUUACCCAGAAUUGGCCGCACCACUCAUGACUGUCAAGAAAACCACAGGCCAGGUAGUGCUGGCAAAGGACUACAUGAACAAUCGGGAGAAGUGGACGCUUAGACGUGUUCACCCACAGCGUUGUGAUGUCAUCCACGAGAUUCGGGUCAACUCAGAUGAAAAUGAUGGAGGCCAUGAUACAAAAAUUCAGCUUGCAUUUUUCUGA